AUGGAUGCUUUACUUUUUAACCUGGCGGGUGAUGUGCCAGUUGUAACAAAGACUUGGACUGCUGGCAUUGUGGUCAUGUCUGUGCUGACGAGCACCACCAUCGUGGAUCCAAAUAAGACGUUGUACAAUUUCGAUCUAGCAUUCAAAAGGGGUCAAUACCUCCGGGUUUUGUAUUCUUUCUUCGACUACGGUGAGCUUAACAUGCUUUUCUUCUUUGGUUUGCUACUUAUGCUUUCACAGCUGGCAGCUGUGGAGAAGACGGUAGGGAGCCGGGGACAGUUUCUUUGGAUGAUAUUCGUGAUGGCAGUGCUGGUAAUCGGCAUGAGUAAAUGGAUUCAACCGUAUGAGUCGCUUGCUCAGGUUAUACAUAAGAAUCUGCUGUAUUACAAAAUACGGAGGGACAUCGAGACGAUAGACGCCGCGCGAGGAGGAGGAAACGUAGCGUCCCCGCUGAUGUUUCGUGUGUUCUGCGAUGUAAUGCAGCUAAAAAACAUUCAUAGUAUAUGGGGAAUUUUGAUGACAUAUCUCCCGGGCCAUUUGUACUACUUUUUGGAACAAGUAGUGAGUAAAAUAUAUGGUGUGGAUGUAUGCCAGCCACCUAACAAGUGGUUCAAAUUUACCUUGAGGUCAGAAGCCAAUUCUCCAGAAAGCCACGAUGCAGACAAUGAACACUUACAGGAAUGA